CCCCGAGCACCGUAAUCUUCGGACAUGUGCGAUUAGAUAACGCCAUUGGAAUAUCAAUGUGAUUAUCAAAUGACCACCCCAUUGUGGCGUAUUGAACCCAGCUUGUGCUCGCUGCCAUCCUAGUCAAUGAGAGCAUUUGGGACUUUUGUCUCCAUGACCCGGUUGCUAGCUUUCGAAGGCAGAAGGAGGAUGACAAUGGGGUCAAUUUGGCAUGAACGAUCAAUACCUGAUCCAUACCCAUCGCAGACGGACCCUGGGGACAGAGUUCGAAGAAUUCGGCCGCUGCCAUGAUAUGCCUGCUGAUCUA